AUGCUAGCUCUUCCCUCGCUGCCCCAUGCAACUUCACCGUCCAUCUCUGGAAUCUCUAUUCACACGGAGCGUCUGGAUGCAACACGUGCAGAAGCCGUACCCUCUUGCAGAAGCAUUUGUGCGGCCGUGCUCGUGUUGGGCACGGCUUGCGUGGGCAGAGGCACCAGUCGCAAGAGCCGUGCGCAGUGCGACAGAAAGUCUUCUGCAACAGACAGCCGGCUGCCAUUGACUGAGCAGUCGCCUGUUUCAGAGCCUUCGUCCAAGCGUUACCUGUUGCGUGCCCGGCAGCAUCCCCAUGAUCCUCAAAGCAUUAAGCAGGACUUUUUGGAGUCCGUCGCAGAUAAAGGACUGCAGCUAUAUGCAAAGCAAGCAGAAGCAAUCGAUGCGGUUUUCGGAGACACUCAUGUUGUAUUGAGCACGCCGACUGGCAGUGGCAAGUCUCUGGUUGCUGCGGCCAUGCUGUUCCGGGCGAUUGCUGAGGGCAAGAAGGCCUAUUUUACGUGCCCGAUUAAAGCCCUUGUGAGUGAGAAGUUCUUUUCCUUGUGCCAUGAUUUUGGUCCGCAGCUGGUUGGGAUGGCAACAGGUGAUGUCUCCAUUAAUCCAACAGCGCCAGUUUUGUGCUGCACUGCUGAAGUUCUAGCGAAUGUGGCCCUGCGAGAUGGUCCAGCUGCAGGCCUUGCAUAUGCUGUCAUGGAUGAGUUCCAUUUCUUUGAUGACAAGAGCCGCGGCUAUGCUUGGGAAGUUCCUCUCUUCAGGCUGCCUCAUGUUACAUUUUUACUAAUGUCUGCGACAAUGGGGAGCAACCAGGCGUUGUACUCGAACCUGUCGGCAUACUCGGGGCGUGAGGUGCAGACGAUAACAUCUACUGAUCGCCCGGUUCCCCUCGAUUGGUCUUAUCUGUUCAAGACGGCAAAAGAUGCCAUUAAUGACCUAGUCGGCUCAGGACGCACCCCUGUGUAUGCUGUUUGCUUUACUCAACAGGACGCUGCUACAUUAGCGCAAUCACUGGUGUGCAAAGAACUGGCACCAAGCGAGCAGGAGAAGCAAGUACUCGCAGAGGAGUGCAAAAGCUUGGAGUUCGAUACGCCGUAUGGUGAUAGAUUGAGGCAGCUUCUUGUUAAUGGCAUCGGACUUCACCACGCCGGCUUGCUUCCGAAAUACCGACGCCUGGUGGAGAGGAUGGCUCAAUCAGGAUUGCUCACUUGCAUAUGUGGUACUGACACACUCGGAGUUGGCGUCAAUGUGCCCAUCCGAAGCGUGUUGUUCACCCAGCUUUGCAAGUACAACGGCGAGACCACUGUUCUCGUGACCCCACGACAGUUCCACCAGAUUGCAGGAAGGGCUGGGAGGAGAGGAUAUGACACCCAAGGCAGCGUAGUUGCAAUCCCACCCGCGCACGAAGUAUACAACCGCAAGCUGCAAGCAGAGAUAGAGUCUGCCGAGAACAAGAAGGAGCGCGAGCGGCUGAAGAAGAGACGUCGGUCUCCAAAGUUUAACUUCGUCGAGUGGGAUGAGAAAACGUUUUGCGAUCUGCGAACGUCAGCCCCUUCGCCACUGAUGUCCCGCUUCCAGCUUAGCCAAGGCCACGUUUUGAGUCUGUUGCAGGGAGCGCAGCAGCACAGUCGGGAUGGAAUGGCUGAAGUGCACGAGCUCAUCUCCUUAUCCUUAUGUGGCAAGAAAGAUAAGCAGCAUUGGGCUCAGCAAGUGCAUCAGUACACAGAAGCACUGUCUAGUGCUGGGCUUAUUCAAAGGUAUGGAGAUUUGCUCCAAGCUGACAGCACCUUACAACGAGAUUUUCUGUUAAUGGAAGAUGUGUCGCUGUUCCUAGUGGAUGUCGUGCCACUGCUACAAUGGGGCUAUGCUGGAGACAACGGGAAGCUGGCAAGAGCAAUGCUUUCAGUGGUCGAGGCCAUCUGCGAGGAACCGAAGGCCGUGGUGCGGGCCCAGGCAGAUGACAGAAGUGGCAGCAGGGAACACUUGGGAACACUCGGUGAGUAG